CAACUAAACUAAAAUAAGUGAAUAAAAGUAGAAAGGUUCAAGCAAAAAAAAAAACAAGAAUAAAAGUAGAAAGACGCAUUCUGAGUUAAGCAACUGGAAACGCUAUUCCGGUUGGCGGUUUUAGUAGUUCCCAAUUCCAAGUGGAAGAGUCGAAGGGCCAGAAAAACAACGGUUCUGUGUUGUAUGUCAUCGUCAUCAUCUGAAAAAAACAUGGCGAUGGGAAUCCCACCUCAACAUUUUGUUUAAAAAAACAAAGAAAAAAACAUGGCGAUGGAAAUCCCAUUCGAUCAGAUCAAGCAGCUUCAGAUCUCGCUUCGGAAGCAAGUCAAUCUCUCGUCCUACGACUCGCCAAACGACGACGACGACAACGUUUCGCUCCCUAAUCUACCUUCCACCGAAGAAGCCAUAGCUGCGCUCGAUCCCUCCCCGCCGUACCUCCGCUGCAAGCAUUGCAAAGGCAGGCUCCUGAGAGGCAUAGAGUCUUUUAUAUGCGUUUUCUGUGGCACAGAAACCUGCAAGGACGUUCCUCCUGACCCUAUCAAUUUCCGCACCACUAUCGGUUAUCGCUGGUUUCUCAAUUCCUUCAACUUAGAUGGAUCAGAGAUUGUGGAACAACCCGUGGAAGCAAAUAACUCAAACAGAGGGCAGACUGCACCAAAAGAAGAGUUGAAGUUGUCUGACCUUUUAGAUUUAGAGAUAACAUGGUCUUCUGAGAAAGAGAAAGUUGAAACUACUAUUUCAAAUGAGACAACAGUUCAGAGCAAAAGCCCCUUGAAUUUGGCUGGAAUUAAUAUUGGGAACUUUUUUGAUAAAGGAGAGAAAGAUGUUUUCUUUAAUGUACCUGAACAGUCAUCAGCACCAGUGAAACAGAUUGUUAACGAUGAAAGUAACAAAGGUGAAAAUCUUAAUUUGUUUGAGAAUAUUCGUCCUUCUGAAGAGUCAUCAGCACCAGUGAAACAGAUUGUUAACAAUGAAAGUAUCAAAGGACAUGAAAAUCUUAAUUUGCUUGAGAAUAUUCAUCCUUCUGAAGAGUCAGCAGCACCUAUCAAACAGUCUGUCAACGAUGAAAGUAUUCAAGGACAUGAAAGUCUUCAUUUGUCUGAGAAUGUUCGCCCUUCUGAGACAGCUGUGCUGUCUGCUGAAGGUGAGAGCAGUUACUCUGAUUCUGGUUGGGGGGCAGAUUUUCAUUCUGCUGCUUCUGGAACAAAUCAUGAAGAAUCAACAUCAUAUGACCCUUUUGCAAAUUCCACAAUUGAUCUCUCUGCCCAGAUGGACAAUGUGUUUGGACCUGGAAAAGACGCCAUUGACAGAAAAGAAAAGCAGAUGACUGCAUCUGCAUCCAUGGGUAGCGAUUGGUUUGCAGAUGGUUUAUGGAGUAGUUCCAACUCAGGGUUAACAGGUCAGCCUGAAGAGUUUAAGAUAACUGCAAAUGAGAAGGAUGGACAACUGAUGGGAAAUGUAAAUUCCACUUCAUCUACAAGUGUUGAUUGGGUCCCAGAUAAUCUAUGGCAAAGCAGUAGCAACAAGGCACCUGAUAAUAAGACCACUGGUGUGGACAAUGAAUUUGAUGCUUGGAAUGAUUUUACUAGCACAUCUAGUGCACAAAAUCCUUCAAGUAGUUCUUGGAACCAAUCUAUGACUGCUCCUAAUGACCAGACUACAGAAAUAAAUUUAUUUAGCUCAUCUAACAACCCAGGGGAUACAAAUUUUGGUAGUUUUUCUCAACCGGAUCUCUUUUCAGGAACAUUUAGCAGCUCAAAUGGUUCUACAGAAGUGAAUAAAAUGAAAUUAGAAGCUUCAGCUUUAGACAGGAAAACUGAAGCUAAUGCAAUAGAUGGAAGGAACUCUGAAUCCGUAGAGGAAAGUGGAGAUGUUUCUGGUGCAAAAACCAUGUCGAAGCCUGAUGAUGUAGAGAUGUUGAUGUCACAGAUGCAUGACCUCUCUUUUAUGCUUGAUAGCAAUCUUUCGGUUCCUUCCAAACAAGAUGGACUAAAUUCAUCUUCUCAAGACUGAGACCGAAUUUGUUUAGAAUCUUUAAAACAUAAUAUUUAUUCAUCGACCAGUAUUCAGGUUCCAGGUGUUACUAUAUUCUCUUUUUUCUUUCCUUUUCUUUUUGGGGUGUUGCGGCUUUUGGAUCUGCAUCCUUGUUCUGGUGGGUACAGCAUUUGUAUUUUUUGUUGGAGGUGUAUGUGAGAUGGUUUUGAUCUCUUAUGAUAGAAACAUUUUUUAGUCAUAUGAAAAGAAUGAGACUUGGUUAAUGGCAAUAUCCUGAAUGGAAGAAGCAUACUAUAGUCUUUAUCUUUA